AUGGAGCUGCAACACGAGCAGCAGCAGCACGAGGGGCGGGCGGGACGGGAGGGAACAGUAGCACUUGGGGAGUUGGCGGCUGAUGCAGCUGAGGCUGGGGCAGCGGAAACUGGUUUGUCGGCGGCUGCUGUUGCUGCUGAGCCCGGGGCAGCGGCGCUGCUGGAGGAGACCGACGUGGCCGCUGCGGCUGAGGUGACGGGGACGGCGCGGGAGGGGGCACAAACGGCUGGGACGGCGGGGGGAGCGUCUGCUGCCGAGACUGCUGCCGCCUCUGACGGCGGCUUAAUUUCGCCCGCUGAGGUACGCCCGACUGCGCCGCCGCUACAUGUGGGCGGGGGUCGGGCCGCGGAGGAGAGUCAGAUGGUACCGGAGCCGGCUGCAUCCCCGUCACCGCUCGGGACGGCUGAGGUUGCUGCGGUCGUGGCGGAGGCAGCGAGGCGACAGCAACUACCCCCGAACGAAGAGACGGCGCCGCCUGCCGCUGAGUCCGCCGGAACACCUGUUGCUGCCGUGGCCGCAAACAGGCAGGGGCACGGCCGGGCGGGGAGCGGUAGACCGGGUCCCGGGACUGGCGCCGCUGCUUGCGCCGCUCGCGGGAAGAAGCUCCGCGCCCAGCCAGCACCGAGGCGGCCCGGAGCAGGGUUGGGACCUGGCGUCCCAGGACCCCUCCUGGGCUGGUUGCUGCAAGGGCAGUCGCCACAAGUGCCAGCGCAUCCGUCGCCAUCUCACGUCGGAGCGUCUGUGGCGAAUUCCGCCGCGCAGACAACGACGCAGGUUGCGCCAACGCAGGCGCCGGGAAUUCAGGUCUGCAGUAACAAUGGGGAGCCGGCGGUGACAGGUACAACAGCAGCAGCAGCAGGCACGAACGUAGCGGCGGCGGCUGUAGGGACCAGGCGGUCGGCACGGUUGGGAGCGAUAACCUGGGGACCACCACGGGAUGGCCGUACGCCGUGGAUGCCGGCGGGCCGCGGUGGCAACGGAGUGGCGGAAACGGCGGGCGCGGCUGGGCGGGGACAACGAGGGGUUUUGCGCAGGGGGAUGAGAGGCGGACGGGGAGGGCGCAACCAACCACCCAGAUCGGAAAUCCCCGCGAGGACUGGUCCCUGGCGGGAGCGUCACGCCAGGCCUGAAAGAGUGAUCCUGCAGACGAAUGAGGGACAAGAAGCUUCUGACAACCCCGGGGCCGACCCAGAGUUUAUGGCUGGGGAGGAGGAGACCUCUGAAGAAAUCUCGUUGGAAGACGAGGAGGCACCCAGGAGGAGGAACAACCCUGAACCUCAAACCGGGGGGGGUAUUCCUAGCAACCCAGCGGUAGGAGGAGCACCUGCCACGGAGGAGACUGACGUGCCUUCGCCGGCCGACCUGGCCGGCGACGACGCCAUCUGGCACAUGGCAGGGGAGUGGAAUGUAGACGUGCUUCAGCGAGGGGACCAGCCAUUCCUCGUCCGCCGGCUGCCACCACACCUCCUGGACAGAUACUGUCUGUGCAUGCUGGCAGCACUCAUUCGCCUGGAUAAAAAUCCCAGCUGCCCAGGUGGUUGGAUGGUGCUGCUGUUCCUUCCGAGGCUCACCCUCAGGCCUGCGCCCGAACCUGUCUUGGGGAGUCGCUGGGCAGCGAUUGAAGCUAGGCUGCACAAAUUCCAACGAGGCGAAUGGUCCGAGCUCUUCGAGGAAGCAGGAUUCAUCCCCGACACAGGAGCCCCGUUCCAGGAGGUGCGGAGUGCAUCAUCCAUACCGUCCGCUCUCUACUCCGUGAGGACAAGACCCGCAUUGCCCUCCAGCUAG